GAUAAUCAACAUUCAAGUAGAUCGUCUUAAAAAACGCUCUGUCCUUUCCAUCCCGUCAGAUGAUGAAGGGUUGUGUUGCGCAAAAGCAAUCGUAUAUGCCCUAGCUUAUCUUGAGCAAGACAAGUCAGCGCUUAAUUCUCUACGGGAUCGGAGACGAUCUGUUCUAAUGCUACGAGCUCAAGAAUUACACAAGUGUGCUGGAGUUCCUCUUGGUCCUUGUACAUACACUGAAAUCUGCACAUUUGAAAAUCAUCUAAAUAUACAAAUCGUAGUAAUAAGCAGUGAAAAUUUAAAUAAAGUCUCGUAUAAAGGAAGAUAUCGAACUCGUCGCAUUAAUUUGUGGCAACACAAUGGCCAUUUUGAUGUCAUUACAAAUUUACACGGUUUUUAUGGUUCGAAAAACUAUUGCGAAAAUUGUGAAAAGCCAUAUGACCGUCCAGAAGAUCACAGGUGUGACAAUAUGUGCCAUGUCUGCCUAAGAUUUCAAUGCGUUCCAGCAUUGCCUAAAAGAUGUAAAGAUUGUGAUCGCCUCUGUCAAUCUGAGGACUGCUUUGCAGCGCAUAAAGCCGUCACAGGUAGACAAGAGCAUUCAGUAUGCGAUAGGAUGUAUCAGUGCAGACAAUGCUCAAAAGUUAUCAUGCGACGGCAGUGUCCUAAAAUUUUACACAUCGUUGCGGGACUAUCAAAUGCCCUUCGUGUAAAGAGUAUGUUAUAG